AUGGAUAUCAACAAUGCAACUGAAGUUGACAAUGAGGCAGAAAAAGUGCCUUCUGUUAGAGAUGAAGAGUUAGCUAGUGAAGAUGAGGCCGAGGCUAAGAAGCUUCAGGAAGACUUCAAUGAAACGUAUGCUAAGGCCCCUGAAGUCAUGCACUGUGAGAUUGAAAAACUAAAGCAAUCGCAACAACAAAAGACUAAUUUUCCUUCAGCUGAUUCAAGCACACCUCAUCCAUAUCAUCAUACUAGUAAAUUUGACAUGGCCGCCAUGAGAGAAUCAGCUGUCGAAUGGGUGCUCGUGCAUGAACAUCCUUUUCCAAUCUUCGUGAAAGAUGGAUUUAACUUGAUGUUGAAAAGAGAAAUACCUGAAUGA